AUGGCCCACGAGAUCACGCACAGCCUCGACGGCUUUUCCAACCCCAGUGGGAGCCUUAGCGACAGCAGCAUAUGGCACGACGCCGUGGCCCAAGAUGCGGCCAUCGUAUCUGACUACGGGAAGACGAACUACAUCGAGGACUUUGCGGAGACGGGCUUCCUCGCGCACUACGAGAAUGUCAACCCCGGUGGACUGGCACAGUAUAGUUCUGCUGCAUCCCAGAUCCAACAUCAGGUUUCGGCGGCCCAACAGCUGCUCGGCGAUCUGAUCAAACCUGGAGGUGUGACUCAGUGGAAUCACCACGGGCCGAGCUCGCCGUCUGUGCAGAAGGGCAGUGCGAAGAGGCUCAGCCACAUUGAGUUGAAGGUAAGUGUCAACAACGGCGGUUGGACAACCCUGAAAGAGGACCUUGAUAUUCCAAGUUUCGCAGGCCGUCGCAGCGGCCCACCACCGUCUCUGGUACUAGAUACCGCAACCACUCCUGACGCAGAGGAUACGAAGGUAAGUUCUUCAACAAUCGGUUACGACCCCGGAUUCGGCUGCUCCAUCCACGGGAAAGAAAUAGUCCACCCCAUCGACGAUAUACAGUCCAGCGACUCCGAGUCCUCAGAGCCCGAGCCCACGACAGAACGUCGAUGUUCCGGUGCCGAAGACUUACUCGGACAGCUCGAUAACCUUGAGGCCGCUCGUGGGGAAGAGCUAGUAUCUCCGCAGACUAUGCCAGGUAAUUGUGAAGGCAUUUGGGAUGAGGUCGACUUCACCAGCCGGGGGACUGCGAGGCAGUACGACGACUGGAUGGAUGAGGCUGAUGAUCUUGAGGCUACAGCCACGAUGCCGGGUGGUACGAGGUACUACAGAGUGCAGUGA